GGAGCAAAUAGUUAUUUCCGAGGAUGAAGCAAGUUUCUUUCAAGCUUGUGUUACUAGUUUCCCUUCUUCUCACUGUCUUCCCAGAUGCAAAUAGAGCCGAUCCUAAUCAUCUAGGACAAUGUGACACAAACCUUGAGUGCUACACCAUGGGUUGUAUCAGAGGUCCAGGAUAUUGCGACAAUGGAGUUUGCAGAUGUCCCAAAGUACAAGCAGUGGAUACAAAAAGAGCCGACCUGAAUCAUCUAGGACAAUGUGACACAAACCUUGAGUGCUACACUAUGGGUUGUAUCAGAGGUCCAGGAUAUUGCGAUAAUGGAGUAUGCAGAUGUCCUAAAUAAAUCUACUUUAUGAAAAAACUCAAAUAAAUUAUGUAAUUUUACUAAUGUCCCUUUAUGAGUUCAUCCUCAUAAUAUUAAAUAAAUCUGCCAUCUACAAACAUUAUCUAACGUUAUAAUCUUCCAAUUGAAUCGUUGAUCAAAUUUUACUAAUUUUUAGUGGUGUAUCUAAGUUGAAA